UACACACGAUCAAAUUAUUUUUCCGAAGCAGUCACAAGAUACAAAUUCUUUUGCAUCUCAAUCGCCAUCUCUCGAUCAGUAUAACACUUCUUCUCUUACCUCUUCCAAUUCGUCAUCAUACUCUUUAGCAGCUAUUGAAGCACAUUCUUUACCUCCAUACCACUCUAUGAUUAUCCCUGUUCAACCUACGAAACCAUUCUCUAAAUUUUCUCCAGAUGAAACAUAUUCCGUUUCUUCACUUCAUGAAAAUCCUCGUGUAGCCAGCCAAUGGUCUUAUCUCACCAAGUAAAUCACUUUUUAUUGAAAUCUCAAAUUUUUCUCAUGAUUUUAUCGAGGUUCAUCCUCAACAAAAACUAGCCGUUAUGGAACUAUUGACUGAACAUCAAUUGAAUAGCUUAUCAAGAUUAUCUCAUACACCUCAUCCUAUUGAAGAAGAACAAAUAUGUCUCCCUGAUUUAUCCUAUUCUGACUUAAACGAUAUUCAAAAAGCUAAACUAGUUACACUUAUUAAACAAUAUCCACAAGUUUUCACCGAGAAACUUGGUCGCACUCAUCUUGUUAAACACGUAAUCGAACUUUAA